AAAUACAUUCAUUACGUUUAUUACAUUAUUAUAUUAUCAUUUAUUUAUCUAGUACUAGUAAAAAAAAGUAGUAAAUAUAAAUUUAUAAAAUAGAUUUUUUAAUUAUAUUUUAAGGUGAGAAAAAUUUAACACAGCAAUAAUAUAUAUUAAAUUAUAAAAUGAAUUAUAUUUUUGUAUCCUUGAAUAUAAAAUGAAAGUUGACGUUAUAGCGAAGUUUUGUUACCCAUGAUUAAGGUUAUAGUGAACUAAAACUUAACCUCAUAAUGAAAAAUUUUGUGUGAUUUUUAUAAUUUAUAAAAAAUAAUUUUUGUAAUUUUUUAAAAUUACUCUUUAAUAAAUAAUGUAAGUCAGAACUUAUUUGAUGUUCUUAAGAAAAAUCUUUCAUAAAAUCAAUUAAAAAUGUUGCAAUUUAAUGGAACAGUUUAUACUAUUGCAACUAGACUUACUUCUCGAUUUUUGUGGCGAUUAAAUGCAACAUUGACUACAAAUACAACUACAGUAGCUUCUGAAUCUAAAGUUAACAUUAAGCUUAAUAAUGAUCAAAUAAAAGAGAUAAGAUCAAAGAGACAAGUUACAAUGAAUAAUAUACAAUAUAUGGAAUUUAAUGAAUUAAAAAUAAAAUUAUGCAAAAAUUUAAAUAUAAAACCUGAAAUUGUUACUAAAAUUGAACAAACACAAAAUAUAAAUGAACUAUUUGAAAUUAUGAAAACAUCUUUAAUGUCUCAAGAUGAUAUUUUGAAUGUUCUUAAAACUAUUACAAUAUGGGCAACUAAAAAUAAUAAAAAUAAUUUAAAUUCUAUAUAUAAACAAAAUUUAAUAGAAACACAAGAAGAAAUUAAUGAAAUAAAAGAUUUGAAUAUUAACUCUGAAAACAAUGAUAUGUCAGCUUAUAAUGACUUAUCAACAUCUCAAAUGAUUAUGGUAAAAAGCUGAAAUAAUAUAUUUUAAU